AUGUCAUCGGAACCACAACAAAUCCCAACAAAAGUAUUAGACGAUUUAUGCAGUCGUUUUAUAAUUAAUAUACCAGCUGAACAACGUGAUGAUCUUGUUCGAGUAUUAUUUGCUGUUGAAUUAGCUCAUUGGUUUUAUAUUGAUUUUUAUUGUGAAGAUGAUGUUGAUUUACAAAUAUGUAAUAUUAAGGAUUUUGCUCAACAAAUUUUUCAACAUUGUCCAUUUCUUCGUGAUUACGUUAAUAAUCUCGAUGGAAUUUUAUCUCAUUGGCGUGGCUAUAAAUUAAGUGUACCAACAUAUGGUGCAGUUUUAAUCGAUCCAACAUAUGAACAUGUUUUACUUGUACGUGGAUUUUAUAAUCGUGAAAGUUGGGGUUUUCCAAAAGGAAAAGUGCAAGAAAAUGAAAGCCCAUUAAAAUGUGCUAUACGAGAAGUUUUAGAAGAAGUUGGUUUUGAUAUGAAAGAUCGAGCUUUUGAAGAUCAAUUUUUAGAACGUGAUUUAAAUGGUCAACUUAUUCGUUUAUAUAUUGUUAAACAAGUACCACUUGAUACAAAAUUUGCGCCGAAAACAAAAAAUGAAAUUAAAGAAAUGCGUUGGUUUCCAAUAGAUGAUUUACCAUGUCAUCGACAUGAUACAACACCUCAAAUUAAAUUAAAUCUUAAUGCAAAAGCAUUUUUUAUGGUUAUACCAUUUAUCAAAGAUAUUCGUCGUUGGAUAAAUCAAGAACGUGGAAUAUAUACAUCAUCAAAUGGUGAUUCGGAUAAUGCUAAUGACAAAGGAAAUGGACGUCAUAAUCAAUAUUAUCAACAACAACAACAACAACAGCCAAGACGACGAAAAACAACAUAUCCUGGUAAUACACGUUCAUUAAAUAUUCAACAAAAUUUAUUCGGUGUUGAUCAACAAACAUCGUCAUAUAUUCGUGAUGGUACAUCUAUAAAUGGACGGCGUAAAAAUUCAAGUAAAAUUAUUGCUAAUCUUACAACCGAAAAUUCCGAUGAACAACAAUUAUUAACGAUGCCAUCAAAUAAAAUUCAAAAACAACUAAGUGUACAAGAUACAAUUCAAAGACAUUUUUCUGAAAUACUUAAAAAUGCUUCUAUUACUGUAACGGAUAAUACAACAAUGACAGAAACAUUACUAAUGAGAGAAAAUAAACCAAUGGCUGUUAAUCCAUUACAUAUAAACCAACUGACACCACCAAUGUCAAAUGAUGAUGAAAAUAAACAUCCAUUAUCUUCUAAAAAUCAAAUAGGAAGUAAAUCGGCUUCUUCUACUCGUCAAAUUCAAUAUCGUAUAUUACCGAGAGGCCAACCUGAUGAAUUAACUCCUGCAAUGAGGAAUCCUCAAUCCAAUAAUCAUAAUAUUAAUAUGACAGAAAAAUCUCAACGUAAUCGUAGCCGUACAGACCCACAUUUAACAGCUAAAAUUUGUGAACCAUUAGCCAAUGUAACAAAUGAUGCUUUCCUCUUUAGUGGUCCACGUUGUUGGACACAAUUUCGUUUAAAUCGCUCUGAAGUCGCUCGUUGUCUCCGAAAGUGA